AUGCGAAGUGGUAUACACCACGAACCUGAGAUAAAUAAUUCGGACUUACUAAAGCCUUCUGCUGCGGAGACAUCGGCGCGACAUCUAUACAACAACCUUCUCAGUCGUUCUCCUGGACGAGACCUGCUUAGUAGGAAAGGAGGCAAAUCCAUCAAGGAUUUUACGCAGGACUGGAUCAAUCAAUAUCUCUCAGGGCAACCACGAACGGAGCGAAGCAACUGGCUGAGCGACGACUCCGGUAGCGAGGCCCCCUCGUUCUUUACCGCGCAGAACCAUUUUGCCGACGACGCUUCGGACGACUGGCUUGGUCUGGAGGAGGAUAGGCGUGGCGAGGACCUGCUUAGAACCCCAACACUCGCCGACUUUGUGAGCCGACGAGCUCUUGCUGCUAACGGCGAGAAUAGUUUGGGCCGUCAGAAACUCAAGGAUUCUCUGCACAAACGAACUGACACGCUCCGACAAGAAGACUUUUGGGGGUUCGCAUACGACAAGGAUCCCCAGUCACUUACCAUGACAGAGGUAAAGGAUACAUCACAUUCAGCGGAGAUGGAGACCGGCAAGGCGCCGUCGCCGGCUGAGAAGCCGCUGCCUCCGCCUCCAGCAGACGCUGAUAGCGAGCCCCAAUCAAUCUCGCACCCCUCUGAGAGCUCAUCCACUCCGGUACCAGUAAAAAAGCCAGCUCUGGACAAGGAGCUGCCUACGCCAACGCCAACGCCCAGACCCAGGAAGAAAAUCGUCUGGCGCGGGAAGGCCUGCAUUAUUGCCAUCCCUGUCGAUGACAAAAGGGGCACGGAGGAGUCUGGGUACCGUUUACUGUCAGUCGAAGACGUGCAGCAGCGGCUGAGACACUGGGAAGAGGAGGGCUAUGACAUCCGUGGCUUCACUGUCGGCGCGCCUGAGGACUUGUCAGAUCUCAAACUGGGUGGGCUAAGUCGUCCGUCAUUCCCCGACUUUAAGGAUGUCCAGGAGGAGUGGGAGGCCGGAAAAUGCACUGUCAGCAUUCCAGAUAAAGCCGAAUGGGAUGCGUAUGUCAACUGGCUUCAGGAGGAGAAGUUGCGGGCCCUCGGAGUCUCACUUGGAGAUGAGGAGAUGCCACCAUCCGUCUCCCCUGCUUCUGCUGCUCUUAGCCAGAUGGCCCCUUUCCCCGGACUUAUCGCAUCGCCGCCGAUUCCCACGGCUUCAGCAACCAGCAACCCGCUAUCGAUUCCCCACCAUUUCUCGCCUCACUUCAAUCAGUCGGCGAAUGCAAGUAAUGGCAUCGCUUCGUUGGCGUCUCCGGCCUCCCAAUUCAGUGUACAGACGCCGUUCUUCGGCGUGGAGCAGAACCUUUUGCCGGGGUAUCUUCCGUUCCAACCCACACCCCCCGCUCAAGGCGCUCUUACUCCCCAGAGUUUCUUCAAUGUACGCCAAGGGAAUGUUGCCUCGACUAUAGGUGGAAAUCUUCCCAAUUUGACGUCGAUUCUGUCGCCAGUUUCUCCUUUGCAUGAUCAAGGCGCAUUCCAUCCAGGUCUGGAGGACCCAUCAGUCCCAUCAAAGGAUUCUCAGUAUGGGCACUUCGACCAUGGUCCGCAGGAAGCUGUGCCAAGAGGUGCCCACCCACGCGCAGAAACGCCGGAUCACUUCCACGCGUCAAACGUCGAAAUCGCACAGCCGACACCGCGUGGUCACAGUCGCGGCCAUAAUCUCAGCGAAACCCUUCAGAAAGGCCUGGACCAGGUUGGCCCCUCUGAUUAUCAUCUGGAGGAAUCAAUAGAACGGCAACUUGACGAGGAUGAUCGAGAGCCAAUCCGAAACAACCUGCACAACUCUGAGCUCUUCCACUCACGAUGGGCAUUGCCGGAUAACGACCACCAUGGAAUGCAACGCGUACCUCAACAUCUACAACAAUUUUACGGCGAGAACUACGUGCAAGCUCACGCCAACGAAGGAUCGGAUAUCGACACAAAUCCGAGUCUUUCUGGUGCUCCUCACGGACAUGGGUCACUUACCAACAACAUCCCCUGGCAUGAACCCAAACCAAGCACAGGUUCAUUCGUCGGCGGACACAAGUCGAAGCUCUCAACCUCGACCCUCAAUGUGGAGGCGAGGGAGUUUGAUCCGACCGGCGCGUCGACUGCGCAGAACUAUCCGCCCCAAGGCAAUGCAUUGCAAGUCUCAGGCAUGGGAGGCCCUGCGUUUACUUUUGGGGCUGGAGCAAACUUCUUACCUGCUGGUGGUUUCAAUGUUACUGCUCCCGCGUUCAUGCCGGGCGAUGCCAAUAUUACCCAGCACCACAAUGUCCCCUCUUCUGGUGAAUUCAAAUUCUCCUCCGCCUCGUUCAACGUUGCUGCUCCGACCUUCAAUCCAACCGGCAACCUUGGCCCCUCAACAUCUGCCCAGACUUCGGCCAGCCGAACCAAGAUCUUUGGCGACAUCGAUCUUUCCCAGAUUACUAAACCUCCUAAGAAAUCCAAAGCCAUUCCCAUCGUCCGUCCCGAUGAUAACGCCCAGGAUAAUAAGAACAAAGCCAACGCCGAAGACGACCAUGGUCGGGUUUCAUCGGACCGUCACAAGCGUGUUCGUCGUGGCGAGAGUCCUGAAGGAGAAGCUCAAUAUGCUGUACCCAGUCAUCCCCUGACAGAAACGACCAAUGCUCAAGGGUCUCAAGCGUCAAAUAUUCCUCGAGACGUGCCUGCGGAGGGCAAAGAGAAUGAGGUACCGGGACAAAUUGCACACGACCUGAACCAGAAGGAGGCCUUUGACAAGGAGAACAAAUCUGUGGAACGAAACGACACGCCCGUCAGUGAAGCGUCAACAUGGACUCCGUUUGACACCAAGGAAGUAAGGGCAGAUGUACAGCCAGAGUCCCAAGAACAAGAGCAAGAGGGCGACAAGGUCACGCAGGAAGCCGCUCCUCUGGUGGCUGGAGCCGCUGUUAACGAAGAGGCUUCGACAAAGAAGACCACAGAGACUAGCGCCAAGAGCUCAUUCCUCAAACCGACUGCAAAACCAUUCGAAUUCAAACCUGCCGUCCCUGAAUUUGUGCCGACUGUUUCCGAGCAACCCAAGCCUGUACCUACCCCUGAGAAGCCGCGGAAUGAUCUCAUGGCGUCACGUUAUGCUGUUGUAAGCCCUACUGCUUCUCCCAGGCGGGAUUCGGUACCCUCUGAGUCUGUCGAGCCUGUGGCUCAUGCAGACGAUGACGUCCCUGCAGUCGCAGCGGAUGUGCCGGAGGAUGAUCUUUCAGGGCCUGUUUCUGAGGCGGACUCCCCGAAUGAUGAGGAAUUGAACGCUGUCAUGGAGCAGCUCAAUGACGACUCUGACGUUGGCAUCGAGAGGUUGAGCACCCCUCGGCCUGCAUAUGAGCCGCCAGAGUCAGCACUGGGACCGUCCAAAGAGAAAAGACACGUCCAUGCAGACAUCCGAAGCGAAGCACCCAGCCCAAGCCCGGGACGGGGCCCUGUGGCUCAAGCUCUUGAGGUUCCCAAACUUGAUUUCGACGCAUAUUCCCAGGCGUCCAUGUCUCCUUCUAGGGGUGUCAUUGGCGGCAGCCAUUCACCCGUUCGGCAGCUGAUCAGCCGCAACGAACAUAUCAGUGACUGGGAUGAUGUGAUCUCCUCCGGCGAGGAUGAGAAGUUGGUCAACAGAAGCCGGUUCUUUGACCGCCGCGUCAACGAUCUCAUCGGCUCGGUCAUUGAAGAGCGUCUUUUGCCUCUGGAACGUGCUUUGGAAGCCAUUCAGGAAUCGGUUAUGAUGGUUACGUCUGGUGCGCAUAACAAAUGGCUAAGGAGAAGCGUGUCUGCCGAAAUUGAAGAAAGCGAUGCCGACGACGAAGACGACGAGUACGAUGAGCACGGUUCGUAUAGAGCGAGGUCGCCUUUCGCUCGGAGAGAUCGCAAGCUCGAGAGACUGAAGAACGUUAUUUUGGAAGCUCUCUCCACUCGCGAACAGCAGCAGCUCCCAGAACCCAUCGAAAAUGCUGAAUUGACGAAACUGCAUGACAUGGUCGCGGAGCUUCAUUCCUUGAGUGCACGAAAGUUUUCAGAAGAUCCCAUGGCCAAUCUGAAGGAGAUGAUGCAAGAGGUCGUUUCAAGCCAGCUGGUUCAGUACCAACCUCGACCUUCUGAUGCAGAGGAGAUUGGUGCCGACAGUCUUAUGCUGCAGAUCGAUGGCUUAAAGAAUAUGCUACGCCUUACCGAUGAGCGAGCCGAGCAGGAGUACAAACUGCGCAGAGAGGCACAGGACUCUGUGGCGGAGCUUCAGCGACUUUUGAAGCUUGCGGAGGAGGAAGCCGCUCGUCAUAGCGAGGCCGCCGAAUCUGCUGAAGCUCGUCUGCUCCAGUUCAAGGAGGAAAAGAUCCCUUAUUUUGAACAGAUCCAGUUCCGAUUCGACACCCUGGAACAGGAACAUGCCACGCUCAAGCUUACCCUUGCCGAAGUCUCUUCAAAGAAUAUCUCUCUUGAGGGUACUCUGGAUGAGUACCGGUUUUCCAGCGACAACUGGAAGCGCGAGAGUGAGCAAGCGAAGAGCGAGCUCGAGAAAACGAAGGCAGAAAACGAGAAACUCCGUGGCACCAUCGACCACCUCAAAACUCGGAUUGAGGAUGGCCUGAGUAUCCGGCAGAAUCUGAGUGAGAAGUUCGACCGUCUUCAGGACGAGAUGGUGGCUGUGACUAGGGAUAUCACCAGAGACCAGGCUUCAUGGCGGAGGCGGGAAGAGGAGCACAUUGCGAAAUAUAACGAGCUACGGACGGCUUAUAGCCGAGAGGUCAAGCUGCGUGAAAAGCUUGAAAGCGACAUCAGCGAGUUGGAGCAACAGGAGAGGGAAGCAACCAAGUUGAAGUUUAUCUUUGGACAAUCUCAGCAAGAAAACGCUAGGCUGGAGGAGCUGGUUGCUAACCUGAGACUGGAGAACCAUGAGCUACAGAACAAGGCUGCUCGUUACGAGCGCGAGUUCAACGAGGCGCGUGAAACCAGUCGCACCGAAAUCCAGCGGACUAGGACUUCCCUGGAGGCAGACCUGGAAGCCGCUAACAGUCAAGUCAACAUUGUCCGUGCUGAGCUGGAGGCACAGAUUAUUCGCCUUCAGAGCCAGUUGGAUAAUGUCCGCCUAGACACUGACACGGCGCGGGAGCGCUAUGAGUUGUUGCUAGAGGAAGCCAGCGAAACCAAGGCCAGCGCUUUGGCGGCCGCAGCUGAAGCUAAGGAACGUGCCUUGGAGGAGCAGCGGAGAACGCAUGAACGCGUUCUGAACGAUCUACGGGAGCGUCACGCUCGUGCUCUGCACAACUCCACCGAGGAUAGACAGCGGACCGAGUCUCAUCUGAUGGAACGACUGGCGUUGGCUGAUGACAAGGUGCAUCAUCUUGAGGACCGUGUUAAGCAUCUCGAAGAGAAGCUGGAGAUUGCGAAUGCGGCCGCGCGGGCGGCGGCUGAAGCGGCUCAGACGGUCAAGGCAGAGUCCAGUCACUCCCCUGUUGCGCACUCGACCUCACCGUCCAUGACCUUCAGCAAGGAUUCUAUGGUUCCAGAGAAGAUUUCCCCUCAGGCCCUGCGGGAGUCCAUCCUUGUUCUUCAGGAUCAACUGCAGCAGCGCGAGGCACGCAUUGAGGAGCUGGAGCAAGAACUCUCUGGCGUGGACAAGGACGCGCCGAACAAGCUCAAGGAGAAGGACACCGAGAUCACCUGGCUGCGAGAGCUUCUUGGUGUUCGUAUCGACGAUCUCCAGGACAUCAUCAACACACUGUCGGGUCCAUCUUUUAACCAGCACGCUGUGCGCGAUGCGGCUAUCCGCCUGAAGGCCAACCUGCAAAUGCAGCUCCAGGAACGCGAACGAGCUCAGUCGGGCCAGAACUUCCCUAGUCUCCCAAAACUCGCUGAUUUGACUGCCUCGCCGCGUUCUCUGCCUCUCGCCGCUGCAGCGGCGUGGGGGAACUGGCGCAAAGCCAGGGAGAAUGCAAACUCCGGUGCCUCUGAGCAGACGCCAUCCAAGUCAAGUAAUGCAAGCUCAUUUCUUUCGGGACUCCUCACGCCUCCGAGCUCCAAUUUCCGACAAGCUCCUUCAAAUCUGGGUGGAGCUGCCACCACAGGCUGGAGGCGCUCCUCGGAGACUCGGCCGCUGAGUAACAUCAACACGACGCCUAGACCGCUAUCUUCACGCCAGACUGCUCUUUUGCAGGAGCCUCCAAGUACACCCCCACUUCUGCGACGGGCCAGCUAUGACCAUGACGCAGAGCCAGCUGAUUAUGCGGACGCUUCCUUUGGGGAAGACGUCGAGAGCACUGCGGACGGACUAGUCUCUGCGUCGCCCAAGGGGACAGAGGAGGGACCCUUUGGGCCUCAUCUUACGUCGUGA